AAUCACUCAAAUGGUGCCAAAAAUGAGAACAAAUGGACAAAACUUAAAAGUUUGGACAAUAAGAUUGAAAGUCAGAAACCGAGCUAUAAGUAUAUCCCGAGUCAUAGAAACGGUUCCAACGGUCACAGCAAUGGAUUGUCACUUAACGGCAAUACAAACACCACUUUUAAAAUCCCGAAAAAGGAUCCGCAAAACAUUGACACUAUUAUUGAGAGAACUCGUGAGAGGAAAGACAAUAAGCAAUGGGUCGAGGCUUUCGAUAUUUUUACCAAAAAUCUCAAGAAUGAACACUGGAUUCAAGAGAAUGUGAUCUCAUUAUUGGUCGAAAUCGCCAAAGGAAUGGCUGCCAGUAAUGACUUGAAUGGAAACAAAUUCAAUCAUUUCAAUGCAUUGAUUGACAAAUUAAAAAGUUUGCGUUUUAUUGACGACGAGUUCUGGGAUGAAAUCAUUUUCACGGCCACCAAAAAGAUUGACACUAAAAGUAGUACUCAAAUGAACGCAUUUUUGUCCGGAUUACACGACUUCUUAUUGGAUAACAAGAUAAGCGCUCGUUUGAUCUGCACUGAAGCCGUCGUUAUUGCCUAUAGAAUACAGAAUAAACACCCGUCGGCUAAAGACCUGCUCGAGUUGUCGAACCCUAUAUUGCAACCGAUUAUUGCAUGAUAUCUACAAUCUCUGCAAC